AUGGGACGCACGCUCUUCGAUCCCGAUGAAUUGGUGCGCAAGAAUGGCGGCAAGCCGACGAUGAGCAUGAGCCAGGUCGAGAAAGCCGCCCACCAGAUUAACGACGCGAACCCCGACAAACCAUUGGAUGCGCCAACAACCAUCCCAGGCCCGUGGGAGAAGGAUAGGAUGGAUCUCAGCAGUCUCGACCACAAGGUGGCAGAAGCCCAGCCGGACCUGAAUGCAGACCACCGAACUGCCAGCGACAAGCAAUACACCGAUAUAAUGGGGCCUAAGCACGACUUCGGGGUGCCCACGUUGGAGGAGAUCGGAAUCGCUCCGUCCCAAGUGACGACUCCGCACCGAGGCGGCGAGUCGGUGGCCCUGGAGACGCUGGCUGGCUACAUCCAGGACGAUGAGUACGUGGGCACGUUCGAGAAACCGCAAACCUCGCCGGCGGCGUUCGAGCCCCAAUCGACGACCCUACUCUCGCCGCACCUCCACUUUGGCUCGCUCUCCGUCCGGAAGUUCUGGUGGGACGUCCAGGAGGACAUGGCGAAGCGCCAACACGCGAAGAAACCCACUGCCACCAUCCCAACCAACCUUCCGGGUCAACUGCUCUUCCGUGACAUGUACUUCGCGGCGCAGGCUGCCGUCGGUGACGCCUUCGCCCGCACCCACGGCAACAAGAUAGUCCGCGUGAUUGACUGGCACUUGCCAUCGAAGCCGCCGGGCACGGCGGUCGACGGCGUGAGCCAUGCCCGCGACUACGAGAUCGACUCGCCCGCCGCGGAGGAGUGGUUCCAGCGAUGGAAAGCAGGGCGCACCGGGUUUCCCUGGAUCGAUGCGCUGAUGCGCCAGCUGCGACAGGAGGGCUGGAUCCACCAUCUGGGCCGGCACAGCGUUGCGUGCUUCCUGACCCGCGGUGGGUGCUACGUGAGCUGGGAGCGGGGAGCGGAAGUAUUCGAGGAGCUGUUGAUCGACCACGAGACGGCUUGUAAUGUUGGAAACUGGAUGUGGCUGUCUUGCACGGCGUUCUUCGCCCAGUUCUACCGGUGCUAUUCGCCUGUUGCCUUCGGCAAGAAGUGGGACCCGGAGGGGGCGUUUGUGCGUCGGUAUGUGCCUGAGCUGGCGCAGUUCGACAAGAAGUAUAUCUACGAGCCAUGGAAGGCGCCGGCUGGCGAGCAGGAAAAAUGGGGGUGUCGUAUUACCGGCGAUGGGAGCGCGGAGAAGAGUGCGGGAGUAUAUCCAGCGCCGAUGUUCGAUUUCGAUGAGAGACGGAAGAUCUGCCUGGAUGGAAUGAAGCAUGCGUAUGAUGUGGGGAUGCAUGGGGAUGACCCACGCGUGCUGGACGGGUCCUGGGCGGUGGUAUUCGGCGAGGAGGACGAUCGGCCGCCGAAGAAGAAGCCGAAGACGGAAACGGCGUGA